AACAGAUACGGUCACAUUGUGUUUUGCUGGCAAAAUGGACGGGUUUAUGAUGGACAUUAUCAAAGGCAUGUGCAUCAUGGACAAUGAUGGUAACCGAAUUCUCGCCAAAUACUACGACAAAAACAUAUUGUCCACGUUGAAGGAGCAGAAGGCCUUCGAAAAGAAUCUGUUCAACAAGACGCAUCGCUCCAACACUGAAAUCAUCAUGCUCGAUGGUCUGACGUGUGUUUACAAAAGCAACGUGGACUUAUUUUUCUAUGUUAUGGGCAAUGCCUACGAAAAUGAGCUCAUUCUGCUAUCAGUGCUCAACUGUCUCUACGACUCCAUCAGUCUGAUAUUGAAAAAGAAUGUGGAGAAGCGUCUGGUGCUGGAGAACCUCGAGAUCAUUAUGCUGGCCUUUGAUGAGAUCUGCGAUGGCGGCAUCAUCUUGGACGCAGACCCAUCGUCUGUGGUGAAACGUGUCGAUCUGCGCAACGAAGACAUCCCCAUUGCCGAACAGACGGUGGCUCAGGUGCUUCAAUCGGCGCGCGAGCAGCUCAAAUGGUCCAUACUGAAAUGAGGUCGGGGUCGCAGAGGAGGACGAGAUCAGUAAAACUGUCACCUAUGCUAUGUUCUGCUGUCGCAAUACAUUCGAUUUUUAUAUUAAAUUCGCCUAGAGUAAUAUACCAUAUACAUAACACAUA